UUGCCUCUUCGGCAACAAAUUCUGUUUUUACACCCAGGCUACGAUAGCCUGAACGCGCUGCUCAUUCUCCCUUGCGUUGAUCCUGUAACAUCGAAUACGGUCAUUGUCGACUACGGUGUACACCACAAUACGGCGCUGUUGGCUUGCCAGAUUAUUGCUGGCAACGCUUUCAAGGGCACCUAUCUCGCUCUCGAUGAGGCAGGGAAGAAGCGAGUCCAGGUACCUCGAGAGGGCACCUUGCCAGACCCAGAGUACUACUUCAUUGUGCCGGGCGAAGACCCUCACCCAAUUGUUCCCAGCUUCCAGGAUUGGAAGUUUCCCCACGGAUCCAUCCCCGAAUCGUGGCCUUCGGUUAUCCCUUCCCAAAACUGGAACAAGGAUUGUUCUCUCACGAACUCCAGAUACUCGGUUGAAACUGCCCAUCUUAUCCCGAAAUCAGAACGAGAUUGGUAUAUCCGGAAUGAGAUGCACAGAUACGAUGGGGCCUAUGACGAUAUCGACGACGCAGGAAACCUUAUUCCCCUCAGAGAAAAUCUACAUACUACGUUUGACACUCGUCGAUCGUUCGUCAUUGUCCCAAAGGAGGUCGCCAUACGCUCUGAGACUUCUGUCGACUCGGGCCGGGAAUACGUCGUACACCACUUCUCAAUGGACGAUGAAGAAGUAUGGCGCUUGCACCAUACGGUAAUUAUUGAGACCCUCCACCAUCGAGCUCGCCCUUAUAUCUUCGCCCGUUUCGCUUGGGCGGUAUUCUCCAAACUCAAAUUCUUCGUUAUUGCAGGAUUGAGACGUCGAACCAUCCGCCUUGUUAAAGAUACAGGAAGUGGAAGUAUUGCAUAUCGGACAGAUUGGACUAGUAGGGACGACCUCUAG